AUGAUGUUCAAGAAAGUAUCUUUUACCAUCUGCUCGUGCCUUUUGAUGGCGCAGUCGGCAUUCGGGUCAAUUUCGAGACCAAAACCACAGUAUGGGAAUCUAGUGACCUCACUCAUUGGAUCGAUCAACUGGGGUCCUAGUACACAAUGGUCUUUCCCGGGCCAGAGAGCAUUUUCCAACGCAACUGAGAGAUGGACCACCUUCUCUGAACCUACCUAUCUUGCUGCAGUUUCUCCAGGCACCGAGCAAGACCUUGCGAAAUUGCUACGGGCCGUGACGACCUUAAAAAUCCCUUUCCUUGUGACCAGCGGACGGCAUGGCUUUAACCCAACUUUAGGAGGUCUACAGAAUGGCCUCGCCAUCGACCUUAGCCGUUUCAACAAGCUGGAGAUCGAUACUCGUAAGGACACCUUAACAAUUGGGCCAGCUAUCCGCACGGCCGACCUUUUAGAUCCUGUUUACAACGCCGGAUAUGAGAUUCAGGGUGGUACCUGCACUUGCCCUAGUUUUAUUGGCGUAACGCUGGGUGGUGGAAUAGGGCGCUGGGAGGGAGUGUACGGAUUGUUCAUCGAUGCUCUCCAAUCUGUGCGAUUCGUCGCGGCCAAUGGGACUAUCUUGACGGCUAGCAAAACGAAGAAUUCAGAAUUAUUCUGGGGCAUCAAAGGUGCCGGCGCGAAUCUCGGUGUCGUUAUUGAGGCGACGUACAAGUUGCAUAAGAUCGACAAGCGUCCGACCCCUGGGGGUAGUGGAUAUGGGCUCAAUGCUGACUUCAUCAUCCCCGCCGAGAAAAACGCCAGUUACUGGAAGCUCAUCGAGUCCUUAAUGCCGUACCCUUCGCAGCUCGCCAUAGUUAGUGUCGUGGGAUGGAAUUCAACCAUUAACGCCACACAAAUUGUGAGCAACUGGGAAUACUUCGGAGCCGCGACUGAGGCCGAGGCACGCGCCGUCCUCGCCCCCAUUCUCGCACUCGAGCCCUCUGUGUCAUCCAUCCAAUACCUAAAGUGGCCCAAGCUAUUCUAUGCACAGCAAUUUGGGUCCAACGAUGCCAACUGCAUACCAGAUCGUAAGCGGGACAUCUACACAGCCAGCAUUCGCCACAUCGACCCGCCGACGUGGGAGGCACAAUUUGCUAAGAUGGCCGCCUUCUUCGAGAAGUACCCGAGCGCCCGCGCCACUUCGGCCUUCGCAGCAGAAACAUACCCGACGCAGGCGACGCUCGCCGUGCCCGAUGAUGAUGCCGCCUAUCCCUGGCGUGAUGCCCAGGGGUAUUUGGUCCUGCAGUUCGGCUGGGAUGACGACAGCACUGAUGGAGCCGCCGCCGCCGCCGCCAGUCUGGGCCCUGAGCUGCGCACUGCCUUCGCAGCAACGUCCGGAUAUGAGCAUGAGAUCAAGGGCGGGCUUGCUGUCUAUGUCAAUUACGCUCAUGGCGAGGAGCCGAUUGAGAGCAUCUAUAGGGCAGACAAGCUGCCGCGGCUCGCGGCGCUCAAGAAGACUUGGGAUCCUAAUAAUGUGUUUGCCUAUCACUUGGCCUUGCCCCGGGAGUACCGUGCCAAGUCCUAG